AUGGCAAUUGUACACCGUGCCUUCAACACUGGACCGUCAAACAAGGAUAGGAACGAGGAGAAUCUUCCAGCGCUUCCCUAUAGAGAAGGUCUACAAUGGGAAUACCGACGAUUCCCCACAAACAUCGACGACAACCCGCUGGCAGGGCCCCCGCGGCCCGAGUUGGAGCGUGCCUGGCAUGAUCUUCUUCAGCACGACAACAUCCACGUGCCAAUCAGCUACCUGAAAGAGAAAAACCUAAGCACGGUGUACACGAAGGACCACACCGAGGGCAUCAUAUCGUUGAGUGUCUUCCACUCACUGCACUGCCUGAAAAAAAUAAAACACAUGCUCCACAAAGAAACCUACUACGCGCACCACGACAAGACCGCCAUGACACGGGAGUGGAAACACGCCGACCACUGCGUGGAAUACAUCCGGGAGAGCCUGAUGUGCCAGCCGGACCUGUCGCUGGUGACCUUCCGAUGGAUCAACGACACGGCGCAGCACCCUUCCGCCCCGGGGGCGUUCUACCCGACCAAUUUCGAUGUCGAUGUUCAUCGGUGUGCGGACUGGGGGGCUCUUGAUCGGUGGGCGGGGCGGCGGGUGUUUGAUUUGGCGAGGGUGGAGUUGUUGGAUCGGCCUUACUUAGGAUAUUAG